GUAGAAUAAAAAGAGCGACGAAAAAAUGUAUAGUGAUAAUUUUGUGUGCAUAAAAUUAAUGAAUUUGGUCUAUAAUAAUAAAUUUCAUGAGUUUUCUAAAGAAAUUCUAUGUUGAUUGUGUGCUUUAAAUUAUGGAUGUGAAACAAUAACAUAUAUAAUAAGUUGUCUUAGUGAUUUGACUUCCAUCUUUUCAUUCAUAUUCAGAAUGGAUGGAACAUCUGCAAAGAAAUCUACCUCUUUAGAAACUUUAGUGAUUCAAAACAUUACAAAUACAAAUGAGUUAAAGGCCAAACUAAAUGACAUUAUCAAAACCGGGAUAGAUUAUGCAUAUGAUGUUUCUUCUUGCCUGAAAACUCUACUUAACAGUAGCGAUCAAGAUAUAGUAAUACUUACUAUUCAGGCAGUAUCUGAGCUUGCUAAAUCUGAAGAAAAAAGAGAAUCUUUGGCUGUGAAAGAAGUCUUAGUACCAAUUAUUGAGACAGUGAGAAAAGAAUAUGCUUCUAACAAAAUUGAAUUAUUAAAACAGUGUUGUAGAGCUCUUGGGAAUCUCUGCUGUGAUUGUGACACAUCACGGAAGAUUAUUCUUGAAUGCAAUGGUGUUCCAGCACUAAUUAGUUUACUCAAGUACUCCUUGGAAAAAGGUAAUCAGUUUGAGGAUGUGAAAAUAUUUGCUUGUAAAAUAUUCCAAAAUUUUGCUAUUGGAGGAUCUGAGUUCACAGAGUCAAUUGUUAAAGGAGGUCUUAUACAAUAUCUACAGAAAGUUUUAGAGAUGGAGAUACAGAAGAAUGAUAUGAAUGAUGAUACUGUGUCAACUGCUUUACUAGUCCUCAGUGUUGUAAAUGACAACACUCCUGAAUUUCUGUUUGAUGAAGAAGUUAAUAGGGUAGUCCUGAAUGUUUUGAAGGAGACAUCUAAUGUGGAAAUAUCAGAGUUAUGUCUGGAACAUCUGCAUAUACAAGCUGAGCAUGAUACAGUUAAGACCUUACUUGCAAAAGAAGGAGGUCUGCAACUUGUUUGUAGCCGGUUGGAGCAGCUAGUGCAGAGACACGAUGCAGGGGAACUCAAUGCAGAAGACUCAGAAGUGGUGACCGUGAUGAAGCAAGCCUGUGAUCUUAUCAUUAUUGUACUGACUGGAGAUGAUGCUAUGCACACACUUUACAACAAUGGAUUGGGUGAAGUCUAUGUGACCAUGAUGAGAUGGCUGGAUUCUACCAACUACAACCUACUUACUACUGCAAUACUAGCUAUAGGCAACUUUGCCAGGCAGGAUGAUUAUUGCAUGCAAUUGAUGCACAACAAGAUAUUUGAUAAACUUCUGGAUAUAUUCGAAGUGUACAACAAAUUCGCCGUUGACAUGCAACAAGCGCCAGGCGGGGUGUACCCUAUUGAAGGGGUAACAGUGACCAAAAUCCAACACGCGGUGUUGUCCGCUCUGCGGAACUUAUCCGUGCCCGUCGCCAACAAGCGAGCGGCGGCUGCGCAGGGCCGCGCUGCACCGCUGCUGCUCAAUGCGCUGCCGCAUGUUGAAGAUCACCAUGUCGCUUAUAAACUAUUAGCGGCUAUACGGAUGCUGGUUGACGGACAAGAGGGCGUAGCACGGCAGUUGGCAGAGAAUCGCGAAGCCCUGGCGGCAGUGGCGCGGUGGGGGCGCGCGGCCGAGUGCGCGGGCGCAGCGGGCGAGGCGCCGCGGCUGCUGGCUUGGGCCGCCAAGCUGCUGCGACACUCGCACUGGACACAUAUCCUGCAGGUUGAGGGUUGUAUCACAAGUUUAGUGAAUAUGUUAGUAUCCUGUCACUCAGUAAUGCAGAACGAAGCAAUACUCGCCCUCACUCUCCUAGCCAUAGCGUCCCUGAACAAAACCACACCGCAGUCUGAGGAACCAGAGAGCGACUACGAAAAGAGCUUUAUUACCCAGCUCUUAGGGUCUGAAAUUGGAAAGCACGUGUCCGUCUUAAUCGAAACAAACUGCGCGAAAAUGCCAGUCGAGGUCGCCGAAAACCUCCUGGCAUUUCUCGAUAUAACUUCAAAGAAAAACAAAAUUUCGCUCGAAUAUAAAGAUGCGAAAUUACACGAAUCUUUACAAAAGUUUAUGGACUCUAGGAAAGACUUGGAUGAUACCAUCAUGUCUUGUAUAUCAGGGGUCAUAAUAGCUAUUGAUAAUGGCAAAAACGAUUAAUGUCCUUCACAAACUAUUUUUUUUCCAUUUGCAAACUACACAAAAAGACAGUUUGUAAUUUUUAUCAUUAAUUUCAUCAUUUUCAUUAUUAUUUCUGAAUUCAAAUAUCUGAUAAUAUUUUGUAAUUCUAAUGAAAAACCUCUAUCCUAUUCUAUCUCUAUUGCUUGCAAUAGAACAAACUACUUGUCGUUGAUCAUAUAAGAAAUAUAUUUGAAACAGAUUUUAUAGAUUUCUAGAUUUUCAUGAAAUACCGUAGUUAACUUUUUAUAUAUAUUAUAACCUUUAUUGGUAACAUCUCAGAUCCAUUUUAUAGAUCAACAAUGAUAUUUUAAAAUUUGUUUCAAUUAAUAAAUAAUUCAUUCCUAAUAAUUAGAUAUUAUAUACGGAUACACAUUUCUAUCUCUUCGCUUUCCUAAACUUUUAACUAGUCAUAGAUUUAAUUAUGCUUAAUUAGUGGUUUUUGCUAGAAAAAUCAUGCAUUUGUAAGCUUAUAUUAUUGUUACACUUUUGUAUGAAGUAUAUAGGUACCUCGGAAAAACAUUCAUUGCUUGACCUAACCAAAGAAUUUUUUUUUUUCAUAACUUUGUGAAUAAAUUUUGUUUUUGCCUCAACUCAGAACCAUAGAUGGGUCUAGCCUAAUAUGUUCCCAAUAAGACGGCAAUUUUUGAAAAAUUGGGAAAAAAACUGAGCAUAAACUCAUUCGUAUUUCAUUACAGUUUUUAAAAUAUAGGUUGCAUUCUGGCCUAGAGCUAUUUCAUUAAUUCAUUAUUAAUGUAUAACUUAGAUAUUAUUAGAUCAUAACUGUUUUGUUUUGCCUGUAUACUCGGAAGAAUUUAGUAUUUAAGAAAUCGUUAUUUUUGAGAUACUCUUUCAAUUUACUAUAAUAUUUUACAUUCCUAUUAUAAUUAUAUUUACUUUACACAUCAAUUCGUGUUCUAGAACUUGAGCACCACCCACCCUGUUAGAAAAUAACAAGAUAAAAGCAAAAUUAUACUUGUACAGUCAACAGCAUAUAAAACCAACCAGAACCAUUGCAAAUUCGCCCCCCUAUUGCCGCGGCAUAAAUGCAGCAGGGUAACUUGAUAUGCGGUCGACUGUACAAUUAGGCCAGUUUUAAUUUGUAACCUUUUCAUACUGACUUUUGGCAGCUUUGUCCACCGACAUAGCUACCGACUCUCACUAUUAUAUGCACUCCACCUCACACAUCACGAAAAUAGUACAAAAUAAAGACAUUUAUGUAAGUAGGUACUAUAAAUAAAUCUGCAAAAAUAGGAACUUUAAUCGUACCUAGACUUAAGUAAAUGAAAACGACAUUGCUUUGGUUAAAACCACAUAGUCUCGAUACCUAGAGACAAUACUAAAAGUAUUGUAUAAUCUAUGGUGGUAACUCCUUUUUCUGUCUAUUACUAGUUGCUUAAAUUUCUCACUUCAUAUGAUUAAGAUAUUCCAAUAGUGCACUUAUUAAUAAUAAAUAGUUUAAAAUUAAAGCUUCAGAGUUGUAGACUAAGAAACACAGUUAUUUAAUAAGCCUUUUUCAUCGAAUCACUCAAUUAUUAUAAGGCUCUUUAUGCUCUUUUUAGAUAAAUAAUUUACUAAAGUAAUUUAAUUCAUAUGAUUCAUUUCUCAAAUCAAGUUAUCUUUUACAAUCUUUCCCAAGAUAUUAUUUAUCCAGUAUUUAUUUUCACAUUUCUUACGAGUAAAAACAAAAAUUAGAUUUGUGAUUUAUACAGUAAUUUCAGCCACAAAACAACUAAAUAAUGUUAUUCUUGAUUGCACUUCAAUUGAUAUAGUUUAUGGACCAAGAUUUAUACCUAAAGUACAUAUAGAAUUCAAGAUGAUAAACACUUGAAGAAAAUAUGUUAGUGUUUUAGUAUUUUUAUCUAUACUUUUGAGUUUGUAUGUUUGAGGCGGGUAAUCUUCGAAACUACUGAACCGAUUUCAAAAAUGAUUUCACCAUUAAAAAGGUGAAUUAUCCAAGAUUGCUAUAGGCUAUAUCUCAAAAAUCUCAAAAAUUCUCACGAGAGCGAAGCCCCGGUCAAUAUCUAUUAGUAAUAAUUCUGCUGAAAUAAAUUUAUUAUUUGAAGAAA